AUGCCGUCAGUGCAGAGCCGCAUUACGCACCAGUUCAGCCUGCCCAAGACGUCGUCUGAAAUGGCAAGUAUUGAGAAAUUCCUCCAGUUCCAGGACGACGUGCCUUGUAAGAUCCGUGCCAAGCGGGGAUGCGCCACCCAUCUGCGCAACAUCGCCGAGAGGGUGAGGAGAACAAAGAUCAGUGAGCGAAUCCGAAAGCUGCAAGAACUCGUUCCGAACAUGGACAAGCAAACCAACACAUCUGACAUGCUAGAUUUGGCUGUCGACUACAUCAAGGAUCUCCAGAGGCAGGUUAAGGUGUUAAAGGAGACCCAAGCUAAUUGCACCUGCCCAGCAAGCAAGAGCCAGCAACACUCUUGCUGAAGCCCUGAUGCACACUAUACAUGACCUGCAGAACUCGAAAGCAUCUUCACUUGGGAUAGAAAAAGAUGUAAGACAGCUCUCAUUUUUUUGUGGGUUUGAACUGUAGCAUUUGAGGCUUAUCUACCAUACAGUGUGUAGCUUUAUAUGGGCACAGGGGAAUGGAACAAUGGCAUCAUCCUCAAGCAUUCAAAUGAUAGGGAGAAGGGUAAAAUUGGGGAGAUAUAUAGGAGAAACAACUGUAUAGUUUCAUUGUAGCUUUGAUAU